GAGACAUUGUAAUGAUUGUUGAUCUCAGAUCUGCGCAUAAAUAGAUGAAAUAAACCCCUUAAUGUUUAUGUUCUAAAACCAUUGAAUGGUGAGAAAAGAAAGAGAAGGAUGGGACCAUGAAUGAUACCUAUGAGUAUGUUGAGUUUCCAUCCGAAAAAUCAUGUUGGCCCAACAUUCAAGAUCUCUUGAAAGAAUUAGAGCUAUUGUCAACACAAGAACCAUGUGACCUCUAUCAAUUAGCUCUGCAUCAUCAGAAGAUUGUAGACACCUUCAAUGGAGAUGAUGAAGAGCCAAGGGAAGCUAAUAUUGAAGAAACAACUUUUCACGGUCUUUUGAAAUUCUUCCAGCAUGAUUCAACAGAGGAGGAAAAAGUUCUAUUUCUGCAGUCAACUCUACCAAAGAUAAUUAGUCUUGCUUUAGACAUUGAAAAGUUUGCAACAGACAAGGUUCUUCCAAUUAGUUCUCAGCAUAGAGCUGGAGAUCAAUUGCUGAAUCGUCAUUUUGUGGCCUCUAUUAUUGCUGCAGCAUUUCUUUGUUUAUUCGAUGGACGGGAAACAACACGCUUCUACAAUUCAAAACUUAAUUCCACAAGUUUUGCCAAUUUUUUCAAGCUAUUACCAAGUCCUUCACAAAAUGCAAAACUUCAAUGUUUUCUCAAUUAUUUUGAGAGAGUUGGAGGCAAUCCAUGCAGUGUACAAGGUGACAUAAGGUUCCAUCGCCAGGUUAUCCCUUACGAGGAGCUACCCACCAUAGACACAUGGCUCAACAGUGACUGUGAUCUCUGCCCUUUCUCUGUGCAACAUGAGGGUCAGAUUGAAGAUUCUGUCCCAGAGGCAAUUGAGGUGGACUUUGCCAACAAAUACAUUGGAGGAGGAGUGUUAGGGAGGGGAAGAGUUCAGGAGGAAAUUCGAUUCACUGUGUGUCCAGAGCUUCUAUCUUCCAUGUUGUUUAUGGAGCAUAUGGACGACAAUGAGGCCAUUAUAAUUCAGGGUUACGAACAAUUCUCAGAAACUGCAGGUUAUGGACCAAGCUUAACUUAUGCUGGAAAUCACCAGGAUUGUCCAAAGAUUGAUGAGAACAGAGUGUUACAGAACACACUGUGUGCUAUAGAUGCUGUCAGCUUCAGAAACUGCUCCCCAUCUAAACAGUACCAAGAUCACUAUUAUCUCAGAGACCUCAACAAAGCUUUUGUUGGCUUCUCUGCAAAGUGCGGGAAAAGCUGUAUAGAUACAAAGAACCAAUCAGAGGAAACGACAGUGUCCAUUUGUAACAAGCCGUGUGAUUUGCUAAUAGCUAAUAGUGAAGAGUAUCAGACAGCAUCUGAGGAUGGAAAUAGUGAUACUGAAAACUAUACCCAAGAGUUGCAUGGAAUAACCAACAUGGUGGAUGGACUGGUCACCAGAAUCCUGUAUUCAGCAAUCCAGGAAGCCUGUAGCCAACAUGGAUUUGAGAGGUCAGAUAGCCACUCCUCAUGUGAGGACCGCUCCUCAAGUUCCAGUUUUCUGAGGAGACAAGAGGACUUAGAUGAGAGUCAGGAUCAGGCAGAUCUGGAAUGCCAGGAUUGGGUGAGCCGAUUUAGGAGGCGGAGCUCAAAUUUAAGUGACAUUGGAUCCAGACGGAGCAGCGGUAGUACUUGGCAUAGCUCAGAUUUCAGCUCAGAACUUGAAGAGUAUUAUGAAAAUUAUCAACGAAGGGACCAGUCUAUUAUUCAGAAGACUAUCACUGAAGAAGAGGGGUGUCCUGUGAUCUGUGAUUUUGCUAAUAGCUUAGCCAUGUCACUUAUACAGGAAAGCACUGCUGUGGCAGCUCAGAAAAGUGUUGUCAAAGAUUUUGAUGACAGUGCCCCAGAAGUCUGUAUUAUGAAGCCAAAAGCUUACAAACCUGAAACAGAAGAAAACUUACCAAGGACCAAUUGCUUUUCACCCAUUAUUCCUGAAUCCAUUGCUAGAAAAUUUGCAAAUGAAUUUAUAUCUGAGUUGUUUCCCUCUGCUUUUUCUACACUUUCCAAUUUGACUUCUGAGAAAUGUUCUGAUAAGAAAUCAUCACUUCCUGACAUUCCACUAGUUAGAGAGCCUGAUGUUAAUUCUGAUUCCGAUGAAGACUGUGAUAUGAAUAAUUGUGAUACAUAUUUGGGUGGCUAUUACCCAGGGAGCAUUGUUGAAGACAAUUAUCCAUUAGUGGAUGAAGCCGAACUGCGAAUUGCGGCAGUAAAUUUAGUGGAUUGUGCUAUACAUAGUGCUGUUCAAAUAGUACAGGAAAGUUUAGGUCCUCCAUCACAAAGUAAAACUUUAGAAGACAGUGAUUUGAAUGUUUCUAAUCCUGUUACAGAUUCCUCAAGUGAAAAAGAAGAUAACUUGUCUGUACUGAGCAAUAGUUUUGGGAAAAGAUGGGAUCAGUCUUCAAGUCCCUCAAAAUCCCCUAAAAAUGUUCAGUUUCAUGACACUGUGAUUUUGAACAAAAACAGUGAUGCUGUAUCAAAGACAAUGUCUGAGUCCUCUAAUAGUCAAGACUCCUUUACAGUCCCCACUCUUUUGGUGACGGAUGAUCUCUCACAAAGUGAUAAACUCAGUGGUGCUUAUAGUCAGAUUGCAGAAAACAUUAUAAUGUCUGGAUUUACUGAUGCACUGAAAGAUGUUCAGAAGGAAACAGGGAAAAGUUUUGAAGGCUCAACACUCAAAUUUAGUGCAUCAGGAUAUCUACCAGAGAAGACCCUCAUUGUCAAAGGGAACAGUUUAAUCCAUCCUGGGGAAAUUUUGCGCGGAGAAUCUUAUGAAGAUAUUUCAGGUUCCAAUGUCAUUGAAUGCUGUGCUUCUUCAUUAUCCAGAGACCUGCUGACUAAUGCAUUUAUUGAAGUGCAACAAAGUUCAGGCAUCAACGGCUCUAGUUUUGCCCGUCGGAGUAGUGAACCAAUGAAGUUGUCCAGCCAGGCAGCCAGACAGUUGUUGGAAGACAACAAGAAAGGAGUUCGUCGCUACACAGAGAAAUCAAAAAGCUGUACAGAGGAUGACCUUGUGGAAUAUGCUAGAGAGCUUGAUAGAAGAUGGAUUAUUGAAGAUUUCCAUGAAAGGGGACCAUGUGGAUUCAAGGAUCCCACCCUUUCCAGGUUUGCUGAGGAAUUGAUGAAAACUGAAUGUAGAAUCCCUCCUCUCCAUAUACCAAUGUCAUCCACUUCAGUCUGCAGCCUAAGUGGAUCGUCCACAUCUUUCCACAGUAGUAAAAGUGGAUUUAAGGACCUUAUGUUAUCUAGCUUUGAAGAGGAACUCUUGUCUUCAAGUUUUGGCCGAUCCUCAACAAAAAGUUCCAGCAUUAAACGAAAAAGGAAGAAAAGCACGGGAAGCAGAAUAAGAGGUGGUGAUUUUAGACAAGCACCUCCCUUUCUAGAAUUAUCCCAGGAGACCAUCUCAGAUUUUGCAGAUAGACUUGCUCAAGGUAUUAUCUUAGAGUCUAUAGAGACAGUGUUAAGAGGUUCUAUCAGUUCAGGAUUUGCUCAAAGAGAUGUCCCAUUCACAACUUCUUCCCCAAUUCCUGAUAGUCUGCUAAAUCUGGCUGAUAGCAUUUCUAGUCAAGUUGUGGAGGAUGCCAUUUUAACAGCUGUUGAGGAACUAAAGAUGCAGAAACAGACAGAGGAUUCUUCGGAUACAGAUUCAACCUCAACUGAAGAAUACAGUGAUGCUCUUGAUGUGCCAUGCUAUAGAAUUGAAGAAUUUGCAGAUAUUCUUGCAAAGCAGGUAUUGGAUACAUCAGUGAAAUUCAUCAUCAGAGAAAUGGAGUGUUUUAAAAAGAAAGCUAGUGGUCGUCCAGUUGCCACUGGGAAUUGGGGAUGUGGGGCCUUCAGAGGGGAUGUCCAUUUGAAGUGCAUGUUGCAGUGGAUGGCAGCCUCCUAUGCUGGUGUCCCUCACCUGAUAUACUACACAUUUCAUCAUGAAGAUUUACAGCAGUUAGAGGAAGUUGUAGCAACAGUACUGUCCAGAAACUGGUGCGUGGGCCAAUUAAUGCAGGCAGUGAGGACAUACUGUAUGGCGUGCACGGACAGUCCUCGUAGAAGCCGCCCUGACCUUUUUCAGCUAUUGCUUGAUAAGGACUCUUUCAAAGAUAUUGUUUGAGACAGACCAAAGACAUGUAUAAUUUACAUCCAGUUAAGAAUUCAGUCAAUGAUUUUUUUUUCAUUUUAUUUUGGGGUUUUCUUUGUUUUCAUUUUACUUUACAUGUAGUUUGCAAUGAACAAUUCUAAAAAGUAUUAACAUUUUAUGUAUGCUGCAAGAAAUUUACAAGCAAUUGUUGAUCAAUAAAUAUUUGCACCU